CGCCAACCUCUACACCCACAACCAACCGAACACAACAGCCAACCACCCAAACACCCAAACACCCAAACACGCAAUCUACCCACCCAGCGCCUCCCUGCGCUUCAAGCCCUCACUCAAUGGCCUGCUCCUUAACAGGAGCAAGAAGCGGCAGCGAUGAACGGCGAACAGCUGUGGUGCUGGUGGCCGUGGUGCCUGCUGGUGGGUUUGUCACAGUUGCAGCAGGCUACGUUGUAGGCUCCCUCCUGCUCUUCCUGGCCAUCCUCCCAGCAUCACCAAUCGCAAGCGCAGCUUCUGCCGCAGCACAAUGCGCAGGCAGGCCUGCCUUCUCCCCGUGUACAUGGAGAUCGUGCGUGCGCGGCCUGUGCAUGCCGGAUGACACCUGCGCCCCUGUUGGGCCCGCCCCAGUGAACGAUCUCUGCCACACCGCGUCGGCCGGCUUCGGCUUCUGCUCUUCAACAGCCAUCUGCGUCACCAGCGACUAUGAAUCAACACUGCAAUACCUCCCUGCCACGCUGCACACAACCUGGCCUCGCCAAGACCUGCUCUCCAUCCAGGAGCUGCUCUCCUCGGCCACACACUCUCCGCAACCGCCUUCAGCAGCGGCACCAUGCACACCCGGGGCCUCCUCCUCGACCUCCACGGGACCAAAAGAGGAUCGCUUCGCCGCCUUGAAGCGGCGCAAGAGGCUCCCAAUGGCGGUGACGAACCCAUCAGUCUUUGUUCCCGGAAAUCGCCUCACCCUUCGACCCACCACCAUCAUCAUCUCAGACCCCGACGCCCUCUUUCCUUCGUCUUCGUCUUCGUUUCCGUCCUCUUCGUCUUCGUCUUCAUCACUUUCGUCUGCUUCUUCUUCCACCACCGUGUCGCUGGCAAUCGGCGACGUUCCCUUGGCUUACGUUGGACAGCGCCAGCGCCAUCAGCUCGCAAGCACCCUUGCCAAGCUUCCACCUUCCAGCUCUGCCAAUGCCAAGAAUGAAAGCAAUAGCAACACCGCGCAGGUGCAACUCGUGGACCCUGCCGUGCGCAUCCUUCAGACGUCGCAAGAUCAUGUCCGCCUGGCAUUCAGCCUCGUCGUUGCGCCCGCGCUCCUCGCACUCACAAACAGCACCUCGCUGCCCGCCGUGGUCCUAUGCGAUCCUACGUCCGACACAACGUGCCUGCGAGCAACAUGUGCGCCAGCAUUCCAAUUGCCACGCGCACGUCCCGUAUCAUCAUCAUCUCGGCGCGUGGACUGCUCGCUCACGGUGCAAAGCGGCGCGCCCCCAUGCACACCACAUGCUAUUGUCGGCACGGCCACGACAACCGCCUUUACGCCGUUUUCUGCGCACUGGGCGCUUCACCUCCCGUCUCCGUCGUACACAGCCACCACCACCACCACGUCGACCAGCCCCACAGCAUCACCUCGUAUUGCUGGUGUGCAUCUCAACGUCACCGUGGACGUGACACCGCUACAGCUCUGGUGCGCGCAGUCUCAGGACAUCCGGGCUGCCCUCCUCCAUCCAGAAGCGGUACUUGGAUCCACCGCCAGCGCCACUGCACCGCACCCAUCUGUUGUUGCCGUGACGCAACGCAAACUAGAAGCAGGAGGAGGCAGAGGCAGCAUAACUGUUCGCCUCAAUCUGUCACGUACAGGCGUAUUGGCCCUCACUGGAGGUGGCGCUGUCCUCGUGCGUGUGCACGCAUCAGCUGGCUGUUGGGGCGCGUCACCUGUUGUUGCCCAGGCAGCGUCCGCCUUUCGCGCCUUCUUUGGUGUUGCUGCAUGGACAGACUUGACGCCGCAGCAACGCAGGCGCCGUGUCAUGAGCGACCUCCCUCCCCCUCUGCAAAAUAUCACAGGCACAACAGACGCUGACGUGUGCUCGCACACCGCAACCGCCAUGCUGUCAUCUGCAACACCAGCUGUUACCCUGUACCUCCACCUUGAGCGGUGGCGGUCACAUCAACAACGUGUGCAGUUCGUCACCAUUGACACCAACGUGUCAUCCCUUUCCCCCGCAACACCACCAUCGCCGCUCUCCAUCGCUCAUGUGACCCUUCUCGAUAUCCUGUCUCAUGAAGCAGCAGCAGCACCCAGACCAAAUGCUGGUUCAGCUUCACCAACACUGGUACAGCUUGGCGGCGCAGCAGCGCGUUCCGCUCCGCUGUUUGUCGCACGCCAACAGACUCAGCCACUGGUUCCACUGCACUUUCACGCGCAUGUGCUGGGGUCACCAUACGUCCAGUCCAUCAGCAGCAUCACGGGGAGCAGCGAUCCACCCAUCCUUCUCGCUGUGCGAGUUCACAUCUGGAGCGAGGCAGACGGUGCAUCGUGUUUUGUUGCCUUUGAUCAUGUGCAGUCGCAGUGGCACAUUAUCCUCUCCAACAGCACAAACAGAGAUGAUGCUGCUCCUGCUGUUCACGAUGAUGAUGCUGCUGCUGUUGAUGCUGAUGCUGAUGAUGAUGAUGAUGAUGAUGAUGAUGAUGAUAAUGAUGAUGAUGAUGAAGCUGUUGGUGAUGACGAUGAUGAUGACGAUGACUCGUCGCUGCCAAUCCUGAGGCGUCAUCUCGACACUGCCGGUGCUGCAGCGAUUCCGCUCUCCUGUGCCAUCACAGCAUGCCGCGACACCAGCGCGCAUGUGGCGUCGGCCCCACCAUGCAACACGACUUACACAGACGAAACGCAGUCGUGUUUGCAGUUGCGCAUUCCAGUCGGGUUCGGGGGCACCAUCAACGCCACCAUCCGUGUGCGCAACUCAUCCACUGUCGCUGCAUCUGUGUUGCAAGGUGACCUGGCACGAGCCGCCGUCACCGUACGCGUUGUCCAGCCCGUGCACGUCGCCAUCCGCACACCCUCACCCAGCCCUCUCAAUGCCACCGGUGGUGGCAUGGACGCUGCAAGCAACCACACCACUGGGACAGCAGCAGCAGUCGCAGCAGCACACCCGCUACUGCUUGAGACGUUGGAUUUUCAGCAAAUGGUGUGGCCGGUGAUCCCCGUGUGGGUGGAAGCCACUUUUCCGCAGCUCAGCAGCAGCCACCACAGGAGCAACAACAACAACAACAACAGCAGCAGCAGCAACGACAGCAGCAACGACAGCAGCAAAGAUGACAGCAACAGCAACGACGGCAGCAAAGACACUGACACAGAGAGCUUCCGUGCAGUACCCUGUGAUAUCACGGAAGACGUGUUGCCGUUAUUGCGCAUAUUUCCAGCAACCAGCGCCACCAUCACGAUGCAAACAGGGGCCGAUGCGGUGCUAGCACUCAAUGACUCUUUCCUGCAGCACUCGGGAACGCCUGAGGUGCAGGUGACAUUGCCCUCCGCACCGAAUGAUUCCCAAUCACAGUCACUUGCCGCUCUGCAUCUGCAACUACGCCCAUCCCAGCCCCAAGUACCAAGUACAAUCACUGCCGUUGCCUUUCCAGCACUGGGCACGACGCAAGCCGCACUUCGCGCCUGCUUGCUUCCGGGAGCAUCGUCAUCCAACGGUGAAUGCCCCCUCGAGGACAAUCAGCAGCAGCAACAGCAGCCGCGAACAGCCGCGCUGGCCACCAUCGCAGCCGGCCUUACGACGGCAACAUCAACGCUCGUGCCUCGCAUGCAGUAUGUUGUGUUUGUGGUGGCGCGUGUCGGUGCUGAGCCGGCGCGCUUGCUGCCGUCUCAUCGUCUUCGCUUGACCUUGACUGUGUCCGACGCAGUGGAGCCCAUGCCCCAUUUGGUGCUGGCACCCUCCACGUCCAGCGUGGGUCUUCCGCUUGCCGUCGCCAUCGCCCCUGAGGCUUCACCACAACCACCACCACCACCACCACCUGCAGAUGUUGGUGCCACCGUCCGCGCGCGCUUGCUCGUGCACUUGACCAGCACCACCAGCGAUCCCGCGCAGACACUGCUGCUGACAGCUCGCACCAUCUAUGUACAAACAGCAAGCGCAGACAGCAGCAGCAGCAGCAGCAGCAGCGGUGCCGCCAAUUUCACAACACCGACGACCACCCCCAUCAACACAAAUGCAACCGCAUCCACACAAGCAGCCACACCAACGCCUCCGUUGCGUCAGCACUUGACACUCGAGUCAUCCGCGCGCACAAUCGGAGUUGCACCACCUGCGCUGGCACGAGACGUUGUGCGGGUGGAAGAGGAGACGUGCUUGUUUGCAAACGCCACGCUUCCCAACAUCAACUCCGUCAUUAUCACCGCAGUAAACGGCGCUUGCGCUGAUGCAGUGCACGUUGAGCUUGAGGGCAGUGGUGCAAACGGCGAGGGUUUGGACACGACCGACAACCCCCAGCAAUUCCCCUCCGUCAUGGACCACGUCGCCUCAUCCACAGCCGCGAGGACCAUCACGCCAACAACGGUUGCCCGCGUUUCUGCGAUGCUGCCGUGUGCAGGCGACAUCACCAUGACAUUUGAGCUGCACACAGCUGAAGGCGUGCAUACGGCUUCCGCUCGUCUUGACAGCGUGUACACGCAAGUCGUGCCGCACUUGUCAGUGUCCUGGGCAUUGCCCUUGCCACCACACAUCCCGCUCAGCCAGCUGAACCCUCCUCUCGCUCAGCAACAGCAGCAGCAGCAGCAGCAGCAGCAGCAGCCAUUGUUUCAGUGGCCUGUGGUUGCAGUUCCUUCUUCACAACCGCAGGCAUCCCCGGACAUGCGGUUACGACCAGUGCUCUUGCGUGUGGUCGCGUGCGUCGUUGCCGCAAGCAACACCAGCGCCAAUGACGAUUGCUUGCUUGCGGGCAAUUGUGACCCACAACAGCAAGGGUGCGUUGCGCUGCCCAUGUCCAACUUGGAUGUGUCCGUUGCAUCCAGCGUUCUCUCCAUCACGUCCACGCCGCUCUCGCAGGAUACUGCAACGACAGCACCCGGCACCGCCUCUGUUCCUGCAUCGACGCCAUCGCCCCAGUCAACAUUACCUGACGCGCUCCUCCUCACCCACACUGGUGGCUCAUUUCAGCAGCAACAGUCAGUUGUGAUCAGUGUUCGCAUGACAGGCGCAAGCUCGUCCGCUGUUGUCGCUGAUGUGCAGGUCGUUCCUGAGCCAUCCACCAUUGCAGGACCAACGACACUUGUGCACCUGCAGCCUCACUUGGGUGACACUACACUUGCCUUUGUCGCUGACGUUGGAGAGCCAAAGCCGCUUCCUCUGCCCUUGGCGACGGCUAUGUUCUCGGACGGCACGCACAUCACUGCCAGCAUCCGCGCCCUGCAGCCCGCACUUGGGCUGGCGCUGCGCCCAUACAGGGCAGAGGAUCAGAUGUACUUGCUGGUCUCAAGCGACACGCAAACGGCAGCCCUGCGCUUGCCGCCGCCAAUCUCUGCACACUUGUACCCGAUCAUCACCAUUGCUGUUGUCGCUGCGAACGAGAUGGUGUCGCCCACACCGCCCAGUGCUGUUGGCACGUUUGCCCGCCUGCCACUUGCCGUAUUUGCACCCCAUCGCCUCUUUCGUCCCACGUGGCUUCUCCCAUCCACCUCCAUUCCCUUGUCCCCUGGAACAACUGCAGCUGAAGAAAUGAACGGCAGCGGUGACGGCACUGAUGUGCCUGCUGGCGGCGGUGGGGGCGGGGGCAAUCUCGGUCCCUGGCCUGCAUCUGCCGCCGUCUUGUCGUCUUCAACAACACCGCCCCCAGCAGCAACCACAACAGCAACGACAACAGCAACGACAGCGCCACCACCGACAACAACAGCACCAGUACCACCACCACCGCCACCGUCGACGUUAGGCAUGGUGUUGGCGUUUGAACAGCCAAGCCUGAGUGCGGCUGUCGGCGCAGUGUACUCGGCUUCCGUAGCCUUCGACCCAGCGUCACUUCAACUUGUUGAAGUGUUUGUACCACCUGGCAGCAUGCAACCCGUACGCCAUACGUGGUGGUGCGAUGCGACGGGUGGUGAGGCUGAGGGCAUACCGCUCAUAUAUCGGUCAAGGAACAUGACACAGUGCAACGCAGCUGGGCGAGUGGAAGCCGUGCUCGUGCUUGCUGCUGCCCCUCGCGCGGGGCUGGUUCGGGUUCUGGGACUUGCAUUCGCCAGUGCUGAACAGCCACAACCAUCACCAUCAGAAUUCACUGCAGUCUCCGCGCAUGUAUCUGUGGACAUUGUGCGCUCACAACCACUGGAUUCAGACAACAAUACCAGCAGCAGCAUGAGUGCGUCUGCCUUAUUUCGACAGGACCUCGUGUCGACUUCGCUGCCAAUUCGACUGGUGUCGUCCUCAGCUGCGAAUCCACAGCAACAAACCCACCACCAGCAGCCGCAUCAACGACAAAGGCGUGCAGUAUCGCAAGCUGGCGACAGCGGGCAAACAAUGACACGGUGCGUGCUGGACGUGAACGAGCACACCGGUAGCAACAGUAGUAGCAGCAGCAGCACAACCAGCACCACGGGCUCUGGUCGCAGCUGUCGGCGUGACGGUGCAGAUGUUGCAGCGUUUCUUUGCUGGCACUUCCAUCCAUCGUUUUUUGCUGGCAUGUGCGGGUUACGGCUACCGCUGGUGCAGGGGCGAACCGAGGCCCCAUCACUGGCCGUGGUCGCUGAUGUGACAGACGCCAUCACACAAGACCGCCCGCUCAUCGUGGGCGCUGAGCUCAUUGCGCUCGCGCCACAGGCAUCAUCACGGCGCAGGCGUGCUCUGCCAGCUGUUGAGCACAGCUGUGGACGCGGAAUGUACACGCACGCGCUGGUCAUAACGACGACGCUGUCGAUUGACACCGCCGCGAGCGCUGGUGAUGGCGUGGCUGUCUUUGCCGUGCUGUCAACCUCAGAAACGUACGCUGCCAUGUUGACUGCGUCCACCGUGAGCGGGUUUGUCACCUUCACCCGAUCAGGGAUCGUUGCACGCGCGCGUGCUGUGUCUUUGGCGUCAGCGUCGCUGGUGCAGACACGGGCGCAGUUGCAGCACUUUGCUGUGUGCGUGCGCCUGCGGACGGACACUGCUCCCUUACCGCUGAGCACGGCAGCGUUUGCUGUCAUCGACGAUGCACUUGAGGACAGAGUAACGUGGGCGAGCGUCCCACUCGGUGAACGCGGGGACGAACGAGUCCAGCUCCCCACCCGGUCUUCUGCUGUGGGUGUGCAAGUUGUGCCACCAGAGCAGCUGCUGCCGUUGGCUGCAGGCACCCUCGCGCCCGCUUUCCUGCGCUCGUUCAGCACGCGUGACAGCACGACGGGCCCGUCGAUUGCACGUCACACGUCUUCGCUGGUUGUGCAGCGCAUUGACACGACGUUGCUGCUGCAGAACGCGUCAACGUCAACUGUGAAUCCGUUUUCUGUUGGGCAGCCGUAUGUUGUCUUAUCUCCAAACACGGCCCUCACCGCAACGCCAGAGCUUGCUGCCUCUUCUGCUGUCGCUGCUACAAUCCGUGCAUUUGGCAUGUGGGCGAAGGUGACUGUUCCAGUAGUGCAAAGCACCCAAGUCCCAGCUAUGCCUUCAUAUUCAGCCCGCAUUCUUCCUGUCCUUGGGGGCAUGGCCACAGCGUCGAGCGGGGCGUUACAGCUGGCGCUGUUCGGUGGAUCUUGCACCUCCUUGAACCGCUCGCGUUGGGAUACGGCUGCGCGGCUCACGCUGGACGUCGAAACAAAGCGGGUUGUGUUUCACGAGGCAGUGCGCAUUCAUGACGGCCGCACCCCAGCCGUUGGAGCAAGCCUGUUUGAUGCUAUCUUGCAAGACACGUCAGCCCCAACACGUCACGUCUCACAGACGCUCGUCUUUCAUCUGGCGUCUGCGCCACAUGUGGGAACGCUGUGGUUUCACAUUGCCGUCACCAUUGGCCCAGACUUUGGAGCUGGGCUGUGGCUGGAUGGGUACCGCGUUGCACAUGCGCCUUCCUUAUUGUCGGGCGUUUGCGCACACCCCCUGCUUCCGCCGCUGCACAACGUCGGUGGCAGCCUGUGUGGUGCAUCGCCACCACCAGCAGUGCCAGCUCCACCACACGUGCCAGCAGCAACAGCACCGCACUUGCUUGUUGCCUCUGCAGAGACGCUGCGCGUGUAUGGUGAUGAGACCGGGUCUGAUGGUGCCCCGGGCUCAGACACAUCGGGGCCACGCCUCGCUUGGUGUGGGGCUUGCGGCCAACGCAACUGGACGUCGUUUCAGCGAGUGCCUCUGACCUUACAGCUGGCGCGUGAGCGUGCUGGGAACAUGUCGUGCGACGCCCUCGACGCUGUUGCUGAACUGGUGCUGUUGAGCAUCAGCAACAGCACCAGCGUUCCCGUGCACAGCCUUGCACUGACGAAUCUCACGUGCAGCCACGUCGCCAACAAUGUGUCGCUGUCCACUGUGUUGUACGUUGUACUCGAGGCCUCUGAGGACCCGCAGGAGAGAGGAAACAUGACAUCGCCCUCCAUCAGCGCGAUCUCGAAUUUACCGGAUGGACUGUGUUUGGCGCUGAGCCUUCAUCAGGCAUCGACUGUGAGGUGUGCUGGCUUCGCAGGACCCACGAGACCACUGCACUUUUCGUCCACGACAUCAACGAUGACUGCGUCAUCCAGAUCCACGGCAUUCCCAAGCUCCGCAGGGGAGACCACUUUUACUUGGGUGACCUUGGUGCUGAUUCUGGCACUGAUCAUUGCACUGAUUGUGGCCAUUAUACUUCUGGCAAGGCGAAAGAAGCGGGAGGUGUUGAUUGUGCCCAGUGACAUGGGAUGGACCAAGUCUGACCCGGCCUUCCUGCACCAAUCCCACUUCUCAGCGUCGUCGCCGCCCUCACACAGCCACCAUUAUCGUCGCUACACCACCACCCAUGACCAUAACAGUGGCACCCUCGCCUUGUCCCCGUCUCUGCACCCCCAGCAGUCGGCCACAAGCACAAGCCAUGUGGUGCUGACACGCCCUGACGGCUCCACUGUGGCCCUUGUAGCCAGUCCCGUGCUGCUGCGCGAGGCACCGAACAAGAACAGGGUGGGCAGUGCCUUGGUUGGCAGUGGCGAAGCUGUCGAUGAUGGGUUCGACAAUACGCCACCCGCCCUCGUUGCGUUUGGGGAUCCAAAACUUGGUUCGUUCAUCGGUGUGAGCGUGGACAGUGCACAGCGCCGCCGCCACCGAAGCAAGCUCCUUCCAUACGAACACGACGUCAACGGUGGUGAUAACAGCAGUGAACACGCGAGCUUUGAGCUGUUACCUGGCACGCCGGAUGACCGUCAACAUGCUCGCAAUCACCGUCCGCUCCACCAUCCACAACGCCGACAACGCCAGCCACAUAGUCAGCGGCAAAGUGCUCAUCCUCGUUAUGCUUCAACCCAUUUCUAGAUUUGUGACGUUAUUCCUUUCGCAUGCAUGCGCCCCCUUUGAUUGUUCAAAAUAAUAAUAAUGAAAAAAAAAUAACCCA